UGUUUAUUUUUUAUAACAUUAUACUUAUUUAGUAUGAAUAAUUAUUUGUAUGUUUUUGAAAUUUGGUUGCCUAGCAACAUUGUAUAAAUUAUCAAAACAUUAAGCUUCAGUCUUUACACCCAUAAAAUUCAUGUAAUUGUGUUUUGACAUUUUUAAUAUAUUAUAAAAAUCAUGAGUAAAAUUUAGUUUUAUUGUUGUGGUUCGUAAUAAUAAUUAUUAUUAAUUAAUGAAUACUGUUAGAUACUAUGGAUAAUGGAUUAAUGACUUAUAAAAAUAGAGCAAACACUGUAGAAAUAUUACUUACAGAACCAAUGUUGCAAGUUUUCAAUGUCCAAGAAAAGUCUGAUUGGAUUAUUUAUAAUCGUUACAUACAACGAGAUUUGGAAUUAUGUAAAUUAUUAAUUGACCAAGAGUUACGAAACACUAAGGAUAAUAAUGAAUUUGCAUUUUAUAUAUUGGGAUUAAUAUAUAGAGAAGAAGGUAAGAUAAAAAAUUCGUAUUGGUGUUUUGACAGAUAUUAUGCUUUGAAUCCAUUAUGCGUCGAAGGAGUCAAACAAAUUGCUCGUUCAUGUUUACUUUUGGGAAGAAAUGAUGAAGCCCAAAAAAUGUACUUAGAAGCAGAAAGAAUGUGCAGGGAACCAGAUACUAAAGUAUAUUACAACCUUGGUUUGUGUUACUUGAACUUAGGAGAAUUGGACAAGUCUAAAGAAUAUUUUCAUCGCACUAUUCAGCUUAGUCGAAAUCAAGAUGCUUACGAAAAAUUAGCUUCAAUAUUCGCUAUAGAAAAUAAUUUUAAAAAUGCGACCAGUAUAUUAAUUUCGGCUUCAAAGUUGUUUCCGUUCAGCACAAAUAUAUCUGUUGACUUGGGUCUGUUAUAUAUGAAACAACGCGAUUAUGAUCAAGCGUUUAAUAUUCUCGGAAAUACACUGUGCCAGGAUCCCGAAAACCCUAAAGCACUUUUGACAUUAGCAGCUGAAAUGCAGAGAAACGGCGGUUACGACGAAGCAUUGGCCAAGUACACUAAAGCUGUUACUGACUUAUCUGAAUGCUCUGAAACGUGGAAUAACAUCGGGAUGUGUUUCUUUGGAAAACACAAAUACGUAGCGGCUAUAAGUUGCUUAAAACGUGCUAUUUAUUUGCACCCAUUUAAUUGGAUUGCCUUAUACAACUUAGGCCUUGUACAUCUGUACACCAGACAGUAUGUUUCAGCAUUUGUAUUUUUCUCAACUUCAGCGAAAUUAAACCCAAAUCAUGCUAGUACGUUUAUGCUCAUUGGAUUGGCAUUGAACCAUAUGAACGACACGAGGAAUGCGGAAAAGGCUUAUCGCAAAUCCAUAGAGUUAAAUCCAGACAAUCCAGAAGCGCUAAUCAAUUUGUCAAUAUUAGAAGUUAACCGAGGAAAAAUGAAAGAAGCUGAAAAAUAUUUCUACUCUUUUCAAGAAGCCUGUCUAUCGUGUGGCGCAAUUGAUAAAGAAAUUAUCGAACUAGGAAAGCAGGUCUCGGACGCUCUAGACGGACAUCCGCGAUCCCAAGAUGAAAACGACGACGAAACGUCUGGACGUGAUGAACCCUACUACGAGGUGGUAGAAUGACGUUUUCUAUCAAAUAUAAUAAAUAAUAUACACAGGCACGGGAUCUGAAAAUUUGGUGACAAAAUGUUUUUCCAAAAAAAAAUACAAAUAUAAUUAUUUUAAUUAUAGUAUAUAUAAAUGUUAAUUGUAAUGAAUGCCAUGUAUUUAGUGGGUGCCUUAGUCUCCCCUUGGAUUUGACUAUUCGAACAUACACACACGUGGGCACAUGGCACAUAUUUGUUUUAAACAAAACUGGACAGUCUGAAAAUUAUGUAGAGGUGACUCGAAAUAUAUGUACGUGAUUGAAGUUGUAGUAAUUUUACCGGACAGAUUUGAGCAGCGUACCCACCUACUUAAUUGCAGUACACACUGCGUUUUAAUAGACUUUAUAAUAUGUAUUUAGUUGAUUAGGUAAACACUCUAUUUUCAUAUUAAAAAUAAUAAAUAACGUAUUAAAUGAUACUUGGUUGUGUUUCUUUCUUGCAAUUAUUAUUAUUUUAAGGAAUUAGGAUGGUUAUUAAAAUAAAGUCACCGAAAACACAUAAUCACAUAAUCAACAUAUAGGUAUGCGUAUACAAACUUCAAAUCACUGUCGAAUUGAUUUACCAAAGAAAUUACUAGGAUUUACUUAAGAACUUAUAUUUACAAAAUCAUAAUAGGUAGAAUAACCAAAACCAAGGAUAUCAUAAAUAAUUUGUUGGUAGAUAACCCAAACCUAAUGAUUUCAAAAUAUCUUGCGACUUUUUCUUUCAUGUGGGCUUCCCAGCAAAACAAAAGUCGAAACAGAAUAGUUUUGAAUUUGAGUAUAGUGAUAAAUAUGUUUACUGUGAGAUAAGGUAUUUCUUAUUAUUUCUAUAACACUUGCCUUAGUGAUUCCCAGUGUUUUGGUUAAAGUAUAAAUGAAAAGCACAAAUUAUUAAGUACAUCAGUUUUUUUUAUUAAUACAGUAACAUUAUGUUAAUUAAGUUUUGUCACAAUUCAUAAUAAUUUAUCAUAUAAAUAAUAAUUAGGUACUCUUAGCGUUAUUAAUUAUAAUACAUAGCAAUUCCAUACCUCAGAUAUCUGUAAACAUGAUGAUAUCAACUAAAAACGAGAGAGAGAGAUUAUAGAUGAAUAGAGUAUUACAAAUUAAUUGGACUGGGUAUCACAUUUAGUACAUAUUAUUAUGACAUGUUUACAUAGUAUAUAAAUUAAUUUAAAAAUAAUAAUGAGUAGAUAUUAAUACAUAUCAUGCAGUUUUAUUAAAGUAAUUGCAUUUCGAGGUAGCCCCAAAAAUAAGUCUACUCUCGAGAACAUUAACAAAGUAUAAUACAAUAUAUUUUAAUAAAAAUACAAUUUUUUUACCGACUUGAGUAACUAAAAUAUAACAUAGCUUACAGGUAUACCAUAUACAUAAUUAUAUUAUUUGUGAUGUAAUAGCCUAUAUCAUAGUGAUAUUAAUGACUAGCCCAAUAUUCAAUCCAUACAUUUUACUUGCACUAUGCAGAGACGCAACUAGACAUUUUAAAAGAUGGUGUUGUUGAGUAAGUACUCAAAUAACAAAUAACUACAUAAAAUCAAACACUAUUUUUUUUUGUUAUUACUACAUUUACAGUCCCGUAUUAUAAAACGAUAAAACAAGUAAGAAAAAAAAAUAUAUGGGGUGAUGAUCACAUAAUAUUGGCAAUAGGCAUUGAAUAAUCACAGCAUGCAAUUAAUCAAUGACAUUAGAUAUCUAUUACAAACAGUUGCGCUUCUAACACAAUAUGCACAGUAAGUUUAAAACGAAUUGGCUGAUACUAUGCAUUUUAUACAUUAAAUAAUACAGCAGAGCAUCAAUUAUCCAACAAACUGAUCAAAAAUGAAGAAAAAUAAGUUACAGAAUUUCAAAAUUUACCAUUUUAUGAAACAUUUCAAUGAAAUUGUACGUAGUAAAUAAUAAAAAUAAAUAUAUGUUUAUAAUUCAAAUAUUGCGAGUAUAUACAAUACUGGAUGUAUCUGAAGGAUAUGAAAAUUUAAAUGAGCAAUUGUCAAAUCCUCCAAAUACACACUAUAUAUUAUUAAAUACUAAAAAAAUUACUUAAUUCGAUUAUUUUGAAUAAACCCCACCUUACUAAAAAAUGUAAUUAUUCUGUCACCAUUGAUUUCCUUACUAGUUUGAUCAAUCAAAACUCUACUGUAUUAUUAUCCAUAGCCUAAAGGCUUAAGGUAUAAUGUAUUGAAUACAAACAUAUACAUGAUAUUAUAUAAAUAAAUGAUAGUUUUUUCCCCCCAAAUUCAUUAUUAUUACUAUAUUAUUAAAGUUUAUAUUAGGUAUAUUAAUUAAUGAUAUUUCACAACACUGUUUUCCGUUUUUUUUAUAGUUUAUGGUUAAAAUUAUGAAGUAAAUGAAAACAAAAUAAAAUCACUAAAAAAUUUACAUGUUACUAUUCCCAAACACUAAACACCUAAACGCUCAUAUAAUAGUAGAAUAAUUCAACUAUGAUUGGUCAAUAAAAUAACAUAGAUACACGUCCCUACACCAUUUAGUUUAAUGUUAACGUUACAUAAUAAUGUUGAAACUUCAAUUUUUUUUUUAAAUUCACUUCAACGGAUA